GGAGUGUCUGUGGAGCGAGGCUGGCUGCUGUAUUUGGUUACGGUUGUUGUUGUUGGACUAAAGCGCUCAGCUCCACCUGGCUAAUCAGUAGCAUAUCGUCGUGCUGAAAGACACUUCUCGGGUACGAUGUGGUUUAAAUGUAAUUUUCUUAACACCAGACUACACAUGCCUGACGAAUGGGCACUGGACGUCAACAAUUGAGAUCCACUUAUAUAUAUAUUUUAUAUAUAUAUAUAUAUAUAUAAAAACCAGCCUCUCCUGAAUGUUGACGACACAACACGCUGGCUAAAGUGAAAUCAGUUAUUCUGUGCGACAUAAUCUCAUUUAGCUCACUUGUUUAUGUUCUUCGCGAGAUGCAAAGCUGUACGUAGCACAGAAAAUGCGUGUGUUCUUGAUGACAUUGGGCGUGUGUUUAACCAAAUUACUCAAAUUUUAAACGGUGAACGUACUGAGUAAUUCAGCUCGUGUUUGAAGACACACUGAAUGGGCGCUAUUUUAAAACCGGAGCGCAUAUCUGGAUGUCCCCUGCCAUCAUUGGACUUACUGGACAUUUGCGAGAGACUAAUUCAUACAGAAGAGGAUUUUAUUUGGCUAUUUUCUGCGGAUAAAGCCCAGGGAAUUACACACUGCCUUUAUAAAUCAGCUCUUUAUCUUUCGAUCCUUUGGCUCCUUGAUUGAGUCCCCGAUGCGGAGGGCCUGAGCGCGCCCGGGACAUGCUGAAGUGUAUCCCGCUUUGGCGGUGUAACCGUCACGUUGAAUCCGUGGAUAAGCGACACUGCUCGCUCACUGCGGUUCCCGAUGAGAUCUACCGCUACAGCCGAAGUCUGGAGGAGCUUCUUCUGGACGCCAACCAGCUUAGAGAGCUGCCUAAGCCUUUCUUCAGACUGCACAAUCUGCGGAAGCUGGGCCUCAGUGACAACGAGAUUCAGAGAUUACCACCUGAAGUGGCCAACUUUACUCAGCUUGUAGAGCUGGACAUCUCCAGAAAUGAUAUUUCUGAAAUUCCGGAGAACAUUAAAUUCUGUCAGGCCUUGGAGAUCGCGGACUUCAGCGGAAACCCCCUGUCCAGGUUGCCUGAUGGCUUUUCACAGCUCAGAGGUCUGGCUCACCUGUCACUCAAUGAUGUGUCACUGCAAUCUCUACCCAAUGACAUAGGAAACUUGUCAAACUUGGUGACUCUAGAGCUAAGGGAGAAUCUACUGAAAUCCUUACCCACCUCGCUUUCCUUCCUGGUUAAACUGGAACAGCUGGAUCUGGGCAGCAAUGUACUGGAAGUUUUGCCUGAAACACUUGGGGCACUGCCCAAUCUUCGUGAGCUUUGGUUGGACAGAAACCAGCUCUCCUCACUACCUCCAGAGCUGGGGAACCUGCGACAGCUGGUAUGCUUUGACAUAUCAGAGAACCGUCUAACAGCGCUUCCCACUCAAAUCAGCGGCCUUAUCGCUCUCACUGACCUCCUGCUCUCCGAGAACCUUCUGGAAGUCUUGCCGGACAGCAUUAGUUCGCUUAAGAAGUUGUCCAUUCUGAAAGUGAACCAGAACCGCCUUGUGCAUCUCACUGACUCCAUUGGCGAGUGUGAAAACCUGACAGAGCUAAUGUUGACUGAGAACCUUCUCCAGUCUCUUCCCCGCUCUCUUGGGAAGUUAAAGAAGUUGACCAACUUGAAUGUUGACCGAAACCGCUUGAGCAGCGCGCCGGCAGAGCUGGGAGGAUGUGUCUGCCUGAACGUGCUAUCUCUCAGAGAUAACAGAUUGGUUAAACUACCUGCUGAGCUCGCCAAUGCCACAGAGUUACAUGUGCUGGAUGUGGCAGGCAACAGGUUGCAGAACUUGCCUUUCUCAUUGGCCAAUCUGAACCUGAAGGCCAUGUGGCUGGCAGAGAACCAGUCUCAGCCCAUGUUGAAAUUCCAGACAGAAGAUGAUGAGCAGACUGGGGAAAAAGUUCUCACUUGCUACCUACUGCCCCAGCAGCCCUCAUCUAGCCUUGAAAAUCUUCUGGAGAGGAGCGCUGAUGAGACCUGGCCCACAGACACUAAUCUGAACCGAGUGUCUGUCAUUCAGUUCCGGGAGGACUCAAAAAAUGAAGAGGAAGAUGAGGAGACUGCGGCAGAGAGGAGGCAGGGUCUACACAGAAGAGCAACACCACAUCCCAGUGAGUUAAAGGUGAUGAAGAAUGUUAUUGAAGCCAGAAGAAAUGAGGCUUACACAGCUAAGCCAGAUGGAGAUCUGGAGUCCCCAGACUCUGAGGAGAAACGAUUGAGUGGGCUUUCCAAUCAAAGUCAUGAUUCUCAAGUGUCUAGUAACACCGAAUCUGCCACUAUGCAGGAUGAGAGGCGGGGUGUAAACAGUACAGGGGUGGAACUUAAUAAUGGACAGGGUCAAGAGGAGGAGGAACUUGAUGAAAUGGAGGUGGAAUAUACUGAGCCUUCUGUGCGCUUUGCUGAAGAGCCCAUCAUCCGUGGCGGCGAUGAUGAGGAUGACAAUGAAGUAGAUGAUGAAGAUUAUGCCGACCGGAGUGAUGAGGACUCCCGAACAACCCCUUUCCCUGCUGAGAAACAGCGGCUCAUACGUAAAGACACACCACACUACAAAAAGCACUUCAAAAUAACCAAGCUGCCCAAGCCUGAGGCCGUUGCAGCCCUGCUACAAGGCUUUAGCCCUGACGGCCUCUCACCUCCUGCUCACACACUUGAGGAUGAAAGAGAUGGUGAGGAGGAGGAUGAAGAUGAGGAAGAGGGAGGAGUAUUAGUCAGUACUCCUUUCCAGCACAGACUAGAAAUUGCUGAGUUAGAAGACAGCAGGCGGGUGAACUCAUCCCUGCAGCCGGUGAAGGGGGUGUCAUUUGAUCAAGUCAAUAAUCUGCUGAUUGAGCCUGCUCGAAUUGAGGAGGAAGAGCUGACCCUGAACAUCCUGAGGCAGACUGGUGGGUUAGGCAUCAGCAUAGCGGGGAAAGGAUCUACACCCUACAAGGGCGAUGAUGAGGGUAUUUUUAUCUCUCGAGUGUCAGAAGAUGGCCCUGCAGCCCGUGCUGGGGUCAAAGUGGGAGACAAACUUCUUGAGGUAAACGGCGUAGACCUACAUGGAGCAGAGCAUCACACAGCUGUUGAGGCCUUGCGUAACUCAGGGGCUGCUGUGGUUAUGACUGUUCUGCGAGAACACAUGGUGGAACCGGAGAAUGCCAUCACCACCACCCCGCUGCGACCAGAAGAUGAUUAUUUCCCCCGGGAAAGACGGUCCAGUGGGUUGCCUUUCCUCCUGGAGCCGGGCUCACCUGCUGUUAGUGCUGGACCUUGCCAACAACUAGCCACUUGUCUGGUCCGCAACGAUAAAGGUUUAGGGUUCAGCAUCGCUGGAGGGAAAGGGUCAACACCAUACCGAGCAGGAGACAUGAGAAUCUUCAUAUCUCGUAUUGCUGAAGGAGGAGCUGCUCACAGAGACAACAUCCUGCACGUGGGAGACAGGGUCAUAUCAAUCAAUGGUGUAGACAUGACAGAGGCCAGGCAUGACCAGGCAGUAGCGCUUCUUACUGGCACCUCCCCCACCAUCACCCUGCUAGUUGAGCGGGACCAGGCCAGUGCAGGGGGCGGCUCCCCUCGAACACGGCCUCAUUCCCCCCCUCCUCCAGAGCCUUCUGACUCUCCUGAUCAAGAAGAGGGAGGAGACGAACUCCUCGGAAACCAUCUCAGCUGCCCCAUGGAAGAUGAAUACCCCAUUGAGGAAGUGACGUUGAUCAAAGCAGGUGGUCCCCUGGGUUUGAGCAUUGUAGGGGGUAGCGACCAUGCCAGCCAUCCUUUUGGAGUUAAUGAGCCCGGUGUGUUCAUCUCAAAAGUCAUCCCUAAUGGCUUGUCCUCUCAAAGUGGGCUGCGUGUUGGCGAUCGCAUCUUAGAGGUGAAUUCCAUCGACCUGCGACAUGCCACCCACCAGGAAGCUGUUCGAGCCUUACUCUCCAACAAGCAGGAGAUCUGCAUGCUUGUGCGCAGAGAUCCCUCGCCCCCUGGCAUGCAGGAGAUUGUCAUUUACAAGCAGCCUGGAGAAAAGCUGGGCAUCAGCAUCAGGGGAGGAGCUAAAGGCCAUGCAGGCAACCCCUUUGACCCCACCGAUGAAGGCAUAUUUAUUUCCAAGGUGAGCUCCAGUGGUGCAGCUGCUCGAGAUGGGCGUCUGCGGGUAGGCAUGCGUAUUCUUGAGGUUGGCAACAACAGUCUGCUGGGAAUGACGCACACUGAAGCAGUAAGGGUCUUGCGUGCUUCUGGUGAUUCCCUGAUGAUACUUGUGUGUGAUGGCUUUGACCCAAGAAAUGCUGCUGGCAUGGAGGCAUCUCCUGGUAUUAUUGCAAACCCAUUUGCUGCAGGUAUUGUUCGUAAGAACAGUAUGGAAAGCAUCUCAUCAGUAGACAGAGAUCUGAGUCCUGAAGAGAUUGACAUCAUGCAGAAGGAGGUGGAGAUGGUGAGGGAGACGUCACAGUGGGAACGGGAGGAGAUGGAAAAAGUGGAGCGCAUGCGCUUGGAGCGCGAGGAGGCAACUCGCUUGCUGGAGGAGGAAACUGAGAACUUGAGCACUGGACCACUAAAACUGGACUACAAGACACUGGCAGCCCUACCAACAACCAGUCUACAGAAAGUGAAUCGAGCUUCUCCAUCUGAUCCUCACAGCAUUGACAGUCCAGUACGAGAUGCAGCACACUCCCCAUACAGCUCACAGUCAAGCAUCCAUUUCCCCUCAAGUGCAAACACCAAGGAUAAUUCAUCAACUAAACCUGGUGCCAUCCAGCCUCUCUCUCGGGUGCGACCCGCUGUGUCUCCAGCCAGUCAGGAUGGCCACAGCAGUCCCAACCCUUUCCAGCAUGGCCUCUCUCCCAUCAGCUCCCAGACCACUGAUCUAUAUGCUCAGAGGAACACUGUCAAUGCAAAGCAACCAUCACCAGAGCCUGUGCUGAAUAAUGAGGUGUUUAUGGAUGAGGGUGUUGUUGAGGGUGAUGGUCCUCUCCCCCCUCAUCCCUGCCUCUCCUCUGACCGCAACGAGUACAGGAGCCUGGCAGCUGUGCCACGCCUGUCUCGCCUCUCAAUGGAGUCAAAGCCACCACCCUCUUUUGGCAGAGACAGCCCCGAACAGCGCUCCUUCAGAGACAGACAGAAAUAUUUUGAGAUUGAUGUUAAGCAGCAGACUCCAGACAAUAAACCCAAACCUCGUGUCUCGCUCGUGGGAGAAGAUGACUUGAAGAAAAUGAAAGAGGAGGAAGCAAAGCGAAUUGAACAGAGUGCACGAGAGUAUAUGCUGGAUGAAGAUGAGGAUGAGGAGGAAGAUCUAGUGAAGCAGGUGGCAGAUAUGAAGGCUCAAGGAAAAGUUAUCCUAGAUGGUGUGGAGUACAAGGUCGAGAACUUAGCAAGCCACAGUUCCCCAUCUCCGAGGCAAUGCGCCACACCCCCAAGUUAUUGUGCGACACCUCCCAGCCACUGUGGCAGCUCAGGUCCUUCCUCUGUCGACGGUAAGGGAGACUCCCAGUGGAAUUCCAUGGAAGACAGCUUUAGACUGGAGCAGAGACCUAAUUCCAUGACAGGUCUUAUCCCAGUUUACCCUGGUGAAUCUGCAGCCCCCAUUCGGACAGCAAAAGCAGAGCGCAGGCUUCAAGAGCGCUUGCGCAUGCAGAGCCCAGAGCUUGCCGUCGCUGUGGACAAGGAGCUGUCACCUGCUGAAAAACGAGCCCUGGAGGCUGAGAAAAGGGCCAUGUGGAGAGCCGCUAGGCCUAACGGUCUAGAGGAUGACAUAAGGCAGUAUGAGCAAGACCUGGCUAAGCGGCUCUACCAAUCCCGUGUGAGGUCAUCAUUAGGCACCACUGCAGCCCCUCCCACUUCCUGUUUCUCCUCUUCCUGUCAGCCCAGGAUGAAGUCUCUGGAGCAAGAUGCUCUGAAAGCUCAGAUGGUCAUUGCCAAGUCUAAAGAGGGGAAGAAGCGUGGAGCCCUUGAUCAGCUGUCGGAGUCGCCGUCUCCUGCCCCCACGCCCUCUCCUACACCCAUGGAAGAUAUCAGUCCACGAGCAGUGACAUCACCAGGAAGAUUGUCCCUGUCAGAAAAGAAGUUUGACUACCGACAAUUCGCUGCCAUUCCUUCUUCCAAACCUGUUUACGACAUUCAGUCCCCCGGGGCAACCGAUGACAUGCACUUCAUGGAUGAUGCGUCCAGUAACCCAGUGUCCGUUGUAGAUACAGAUGUUCCUGUGGCCACCACAUCUGCUCUAGAGGAGAUGGCUCUCUACAGUAACAAACGCAAACUACGACAGGGCCGCCGCAGCUUGGAGGCCCCUGUGCCCACAUAACCGCACACUUACACACUAAAU